GUGGCUUCUUCCUUCGCAAAUUAUUCCUCUCAUAGCAUCUGCUAAUUAGUGCUAAGUGAUUGGUUUUUCUCUAAAUGAAAAUUGAUUAAAAAUUAGAAAACUUUUAAAGCAAAACAUUGUCCUAGUGCCUAUAAAUUAAGAGGGUAAAAUCAUAUAUCUCAUUAGCAGCCAUGGCAAUUAUUUCAUUAGAAGGUCAACUUCAUAUCUUGCUCUUCUUCAUCAUCUGUUUAGUAUUUGGCCUAAUAGUUCAAUCCUUCAUCAAGAAUUUACACAACAAAAUCCAGCUUCCUCCAAGCCCACCAGCAUUACCAAUCAUUGGUCAUUUGCAUCUUCUUGGUUCUGUGUGGCACCAGUCCUUUAAGAAAUUAGCAUUGCGCUAUGGUCCAUUCAUGUUGAUUCGUGCUGGUGCAUCAACUUCAUAUGUUGUAUCGAAUGGCGCCAUAGCCAAACAAGUCUUUAAAACCAAUGACAUGAAUUUUGCUGCUAGGCCAGAGUUUGGCUCUUCAGAGUAUCAAAUUUAUCAUGACACCAUGUUCUCUAUUUUGGACUAUAACAAGCUGUGGAUUUUCUUGAAGAAAAUCUGCAUGACGGAAAUUCUGUCUGCUCAACAGAUAUGUAAAUUUGCUGAUGUUAGGAAGGAGGAGACGAUGAAACUUUUGGAAUUUUUCGUUAGGUGUUCGGAACAAGGGGAGGCAUGUGAUGUUGGAAUUCAGCUCAUGGCCAUGACAAAUAAUCUUAUUUGCAGGCUGAUCAUGAGCACAAGAACCUCAACUAAUGUCAACGAGAGCGUGGAGAUAAGAGAAAUUGCAAAGGGGAUAGGAUUACUUGCAGGACAGCUUGGGUUAGGUGAAGUUUUUGGUCCUUUGAAGAAAUAUGAUCUGCUUGGUGCUGGAAAAAAGGCAAAAGCUUUGUUGCUCAAGUUUGAUAAGUUUAUGGAUGGGAUCAUAAAGAAACACGAAGACCAAAGGCGUGCUGGAAGAAAAGACAGGAAAGAUAUGAUGGAUAUUCUUCUGGAAAUUGCAGAUGAUGAAAAUGCUGAGAUAAAGCUCACUAGAAAUUGCAUCAAGGGUCUUUUCUUGGAUCUCUUUUUGGGAGGAACUGAUACAACAAGUGUUGGUUUGCAAUGGGCAGUAGCAGAGCUGUUAAACCAUCCAAAGGCAUUAAAGAAGCUUCAAGAAGAGAUUGAGAGAGUAGUUGGGUUAACCAGGCUAGUUGAGGAUUCAGAUAUCCCAAAUCUUCCUUAUCUGCAAGCUGUUAUCAAGGAAACACUAAGAGUUCAUCCCUCAUUGCCCUUAGUGUUCCGCAAAUGCAGAGAAGAAUGUGUAGUCAAUGGUUACAAAAUUCCUAAAGAUUCUAGGGUUGUACUCAACGUUUAUGCCAUUAAUAGGGACCCCAGUGAAUGGAUAGAAGCAGAUGAAUUUAUACCGGAGAGGUACCUUGUUAACUCCAACAAGAACCUCGCGAUCGAGCCUGAUGAAUUGGAGGCUAUGAAAGGACAGAACUUCUGCUAUGUGCCAUUUGGUGGAGGAAGAAGAGGAUGUCCUGGUGCUGGACUUGCAGCAGCAGUGUUGCAUAGGACACUUGGUGUGUUAGUCCAAUGUUUUGAUUGGAAAAUUAAAGGUGCGCACAAACUUAAUAUGGAACAAGGAGCUGGAUUUUCUUCUGCCAUGGUUCAUCCCUUGGUUUGUUAUCCUGUUAUGCGCGUUAAUCCACAAGAAAUUGCCACACCAGACUACUGAUUCGAAUAGUUUUAUUAAUGUUUCUUCUCAUGUGUAUUCACUUCUCGUGCAUUUUCAUAAUCCUACCGUGCAAAGAUCAGACAUGCACUUGAAAUGGGUCGAGUAAUCUGUUUUUCUAUUUUUUAGUGGAGAAGAAAACAUUUCUAAUUUGCAUCGUCCAAUCAUUGAUAGUGAAAACUUCUAUAAUAAGUUGGGCAGGUUGUUCGUAUAGUUCCCGAGACAUGAUUAUAUUAUUUUUUGGAAAAAUCGAGGAAUAAAAUAGGAUGACUCUUCCUUAGGGUUAGAAAUAGAAAUAGUAAAUACGAUUUUCAAUACUUUCACUUAUAUACAACUACAAAGUACCAACAUUCUAAUUGGAUUAGAUUAAUAUUAAUGGAUCUUUUAUAAAUCAUUCACUGGUUGAUAAAUAACUACAAGUGACAGAGACAAACGAUUAAACGAGAAUCCAAAAUUGUAUCGAGAAUGAACGAAAAGGUGGAAAAAUGGCCAGAUAUGAUUUGAUCAUUAUGAACAAAUUUAAGAUCUUUAUAGAUAGAGCCAAUCAUUAAUU